AUGAGGGCAGUGGCAGAGAGGCUGCAGAGGCAGGAGGAGCAGGAGGCUGGCCAUGCCCACUCCAUGCCAGACCUGCAGCUGUUUUCUCCCCACGCCCAGCUGCUCACCACCUGGGCUGGUGGGGGUGAAUCCAGAACCGGGCCUCCUGGGGCAGCUGGGCCGGCACCUGCUCCCACUCAUCCCGUGGCACCCCAGAGCCUGCAGCAGGACGCGCACCCAGAGGCUGCCUGGAACUGCCCUCCGCAGGUGCCUGGGCUCUGGCUGGUGGCCCCGGAGGAGCUGUUGGAGCUGGGAGAAGGCGAGAGCGAGAGAGCGAGCCGGGAGGCAGAGGAGGCGCGGAGCGGGCGGCGGCGGCGGCGGCGGCGGCGGCGGCGGCCUGAGGCCGAGGAGAGGAGCCGGCGGAGACGCGGCGCCCGGAGCCGGCCGGACCGAGCCGGGGGCGGGCUAGCUAGGAGGGGCGCGGCGGCCGCGGCGCAAGGGGGGGCGCUCUGCGGAUGGCCAGGCCCGGCCCGCGGGGGGGGGCCGAGGGCUCGGUCGCGGUACCCGCCUCCCGGCCCGGCCCGGCCCGGCCACUCCCCCGCCUCGCCCAUCGCGGCCCACCUGGGCUCCCUAGACCCCUCCUGCGGCCCCACCCCUCGAGACCCCUCGCCGAGGUCAUUCCGGCGCCCACCCCCUCCAGCGGGGGUCUGGGCCUCGGCCUCGGCCGCCCCCUUCGACCCCCUGUGGCUUCGGCUUCUCCUUCCUGACUCGUCCAAUCCCCUCCCACCCUUUCACGAGCUCCCUGCAUCCCCACCCGGUCCCCGCUUCCUUCCCCACCGGCCGGCGCGCCCCCUCGGCUCCCGCCCCCGAGUCCUGCUCCCGGGGGCCUCCGCCCCCUCUCCGCGGACCCGGGCUCUCCCCCACCAGCUUCUCGGCCCCAGCCGGGGCUCCCUCUGCCCGCCUCUCCCCGCCUCUCUCCGCCUCCAUUCAUUCUCCCGGGCCGGCUCCCGGCCACGCCGGCAGCCUCCCCCCGCCGUACCCCCGCAGCUUCCCAGGGCACCCCCUCUCUCCCCUUUCUCCCCCCCCCCCCCCCCCCCCCCCGCCGAUUCCUCAGCCCGUCUCGGUACCAGCUGCGUGCCAGCUAUUCUUAGCCGCGGAGCGUUUGAUUCAUGCCGCCCCGGCGGAGUGUGCCCGCUCCCUCCCUCGGGGCUUGAGGGGGAGGGGCCCGAGCUGGUCCUGGGGGUUGGGGGCAGCCGCACGCGCCGGGGGACCGGGCGAGCUUUGCUUUCAGGGCCACUGGCCACCCCAUUAGUGCCCGUGGAGGCUGGGGGAGGGGGUCAGCCAGGGUCAGCAGAGGGGGAGUGGCUGCCAGCCCGAGGUCUGGAGGUGGGAGUGGAGUCGCCCGCCUCCCUCCCAGCCCCCCAGUCUCCCUCAAAGUGGAGCCCCCAGGACAAGGCAAUGCUGGUCCUCCUACCCAGCCAGCGCCAGGUCUCGGACACACCCGCAGGUCACCUACCGCCGCCCUACACCCACCCAGGCCACGGCAAGGCUGUCACCCAGACAGCCCCCCCAGGGCUAGUCUCCCCACCCACCCACCCUCCCUCUCAAGAUGCCUCCGGGAAAGUUGCAUAG